ACUUUUGCCUCUCCUCAACAUUAACAUACUUCUCACAUUAUCCCCCCAUUAAAUUCAUCCAACAGCACAAGAAAAAAGAAGAAAUUCUUUUAUCAAUUUCCUCCCUUUUCUGAAUCUGUUGAAUUCAACAAUAUAAUGGAUUGGCGUCCCUUCGAUGUCACGGUGAUCUCCGCCGCAGGCAUAAAGAAUGUCAAUUACUUCUCUACCAUGGAUGUUUAUGUCGAAAUUUCAAUCUUAGGCUAUGCAAAAAAUACGAAGAGAACCUUCAUUGAUAAAAAAGGUGGAACAAGUCCUAAAUGGAAUUACCCAAUGAAAUUCACAUUAGAUGAACCUUCCCUCACAAAGUCUGGCCUUUCCCUCUGUUUCCGUCUCAGAUCUUCACGCGUUUUUGGUGAUAAGGAUAUCGGAAUUGUUUCAAUCCCUAUAUAUGAUAUCUUCGGUCAAUCUGAUUGCGGCCCUGAUGGAAGCGCAGAGAAAGUUGUGGAGUAUCAAGUUUUUACUCCAGUUAAUGGUAAACCUAGAGGUACCCUCAAGUUUUCUUAUAAAUUUGGGAAGAAAUAUGGACAACCUAUUGAGCCAAUGUACAAAAAUGUAAAUCAACCUAAUAGUAAUUACAAUCAAAAUAUGCUUGUCACGGCUUAUCCAUAUGCCCAGACUGGGACUAAUAAUAAUAAUAUUCCACCACCUGGCAUGGCGUAUCAGCAACCAGCAGGAGGAGUAUACCCUCCUGCUGGUUAUAACGGUGGUGGAUAUCCACCAGCUGGAUAUCCAACAUCAGGAUAUCCGCCAACUGGAUAUCCACCAUCUGGAUAUGGAUAUGUUCAGCAACAACAACAACAAGAAGUUUACGGAGGAUAUCCACCUGCGGUGCAACAAGUGCAAAAGCCACCAAAAAAGAGCAAAUUCGGAGGGAUGGGAGCAGGAAUGGGAUUGGGUUUGGCUGGAGGGUUGCUUGGUGGUAUGUUGGUUGGUGAAAUGGCUUCUGAUGUUGGAGAUGAUAUGGAUGCCUAUGAUCAAGGAUACGAUGAUGCCAUGGACGAUAUGGAUUAUUAAA